AUGGCGGCUGAGGGCGAGUACGAGUCGAUCCUGUGUGUUAAACCCGAUGUCAACGUUUAUCGCAUCCCGCCGCGAGCUUCAAACCGCGCAUACAGGGCUGCUGACUGGAAGCUGGACACUCCAGACUGGUCCGGUCGAAUGAGGAUCACAGCCAAGGGUAAAGUGGCAUUCAUCAAACUGGAGGACAAAGUCUCAGGUGAGCUGUUUGCACAGGCACCAGUUAAAGAGUAUCCUGGUGUUGCCGUGGAAACCGUCAGCGACUCCAGCCGAUACUUUGUCCUGCGGAUACAGGAUGACAAUGGUCGCAGUGCUUUCAUUGGAGUUGGCUUCGGGGACCGAGGAGACGCCUUUGACUUUAAUGUGGCUUUGCAGGACCAUUUCAAAUGGGUGAAACAGGAGAAUGAAAUCAGUAAAAGCGCCCAGCUCGGGGAUUCAGGACCUAAACUGGAUUUGGGAUUUAAAGAGGGACAGACCAUCACACUUAACAUAGGGCAAGGUAAAAAGAGGGAUAAGCCCCGCCCACAAAGCUCAGGUGGAUUUGGACUCCUCCCACCACCACCUGGAGGCAAGAUAGCCCCUCCCCCUUCCUCAGGCUCAUCCAAUCACAACAUAGUCCCUCAGACAGGAGGCAUGGUAACAGGCUGCCUGCUGGAGCUGGACAGCAGUAACUCUAACACAGUGGUUCAGUCAAACCCUAGUUCAGAUCUUUGGGGAGACUUCUCUGCUCCUGCAAGCUCUGUUCCAGCUCCGUCUCGACCACAGAACGCCGCAAACUGGAUCCAGUUCUGAGUCGCUGGCCGCUCCGUCGGUUGUGAUUUCCAUCUCACCUGCAUCUGUGUCAGUAGCUUCCUGUGCAUCACACUGAGCGUAACUCCCUCACCCUGAUCCCCAAAGCAGAGGCGUGAAACACCACAGAGCUGUAGAAACAACAACUCACGACAGAAAGAGUCAUAGUUCUUUCACAUAAUCCUGACAGGAAAUGAAGCAUUAACGUGUUGAAGCCAUUAUUACUGAUAUGAGCCAUUUCCAAUUAUAUUCAAGGGCUAUGUGUGACCUCCUGAGUAGCAGGUGCUCCUCUGUUAUGUGUCUGCUGCGCCUCCCCGGUAGAUGGCUCUCUGAGCAGAGCUUCAGCUUUGAUCUGGAAUGUUUGUUGUCGCAGCAACGGCUCCCCCUGCAGGCACUGCAAAGCACUACACCUCAAGAAAAGACACCAGUGCUUUCUGCAGCCUACUGUGAAUCAAGUGCAAGGAAUUAAUGUAGGCCAUUUUGACAGUUUACAAUUGGCACUUACAUGUUAUUUUUGUAAAUCAACCUUAUUUCUGUUGAAGUUGAGUUUUUGCUGACUAAUUAAUCAGUAUAAAUUGUAAAAUAAGAACAGUUUAAGACACAUUACACUGUUUUACCUCAGUUGCAAGAUUUUUUUUCCCACUAAGAAAACCAAGAUUUUUAGAUUGAACAGGGGGUUAAAUGUCGUUCCCGUCCUCACACUGUGAAUUAUGGAGUGCCCUUAACCUGGAGGAAACUUGUCAAUCUAAAUCAAAUCUCAAAAUUUCUGUAUUUAAAAUGGCUACCGUUGGUCUAAAGUGUGGUGUGAUUACAUAAAGAUAAUGUAAAAAGGGACUUAAAGAUAAUAUUUCCAAACCUUCCUAUUAGACUUUCUUUAAUGGAUAUGAAAAUUUAUCCACAUAUUUAUCGCCACUGGAAUCAGGUACCAAUUGUACAGUAUUUUAGUGUGUUUCUAGAGUCACUGAGCUCACUUAAAAGUGGGCUGACAUAUGGUAGACAAAAUGUUUUAAAAUGUCUUCAUAGGAAUAUUACAUGAACAUUCCUCCCUGCCAUAUUAAAUCUAUGAAUUUCUGUUUACAAUGUAAAAUCAUAUUUGCGUUUACGACUGGGUGCUUAUUAUCAGCAGGUUUGUUUUGCUGCAGUGAAAUCAGUGGCCAAAUCCACACAUGCAUUCUUUACUUUCAUACUUUAUUAGAGAAUUGAAUAAGAUAAGAAUUAAAUAUAUCUUUCUGCUGAAUUUGACGAUGGGCGUUUGUCUGCAGGCAGUAAAUUAAAACUACUUAAAUACUUUGUGGCCUUCUUCACCCCCAAUCAGCCAAUCAACUUGCCCAUUUCUAUCAAAGCAGGGAUCAGAAAGUCCUAUUUUGCCUUGAAAACCAGUCACAUUCCUUCAAGCCCGUUUGUGAGAUGACUGGAGGGAAGCUCUAAUGUGGGCAGGUCAAAUCAUAGCUUCACUUUCUGCAUUACAUAUUAAUAUCACCCAGAUUUAACGUUGAAUGUUAAGAAAGUUGUGUUGUUGCACCGCCUCCACCUCCCAAACAUUCCUCCACGUACAACCAGUUUUAUGUUGAAGAGGAUUUAUCAUCUCAUUGUAAUGUGAUGUUUACAGGCAGAUUCAGUGGAAGGAGUGCGAUCGCUACAGACGUGCACAUGCAUCCGAUUUACCUGCUUUUUUUUUUCAUGUUUGUGAAAUGAUCAUGAAGCAAAAAUGUUUCUGGAAAGCAAACUGUACUUUGUUUUGUGGAAAUGAGAAAAAAAAGGUUGAUUAGGUAAUGCAGGAAUUAUAUCAGUACAGCUAGAGAGGCAGAAGCUCCCAAACAGAGCCCACAAUCUGAGGAAAAUAUAUGGAACUUAAAGGAAUAGUUCAGCAUUUUGGGAAAUUAGAAAUAUUCUUUGUUUUCUUGCUGACAGUUGGAUGAGAGGAUGAAUACCACUCUCAUGUCAGUGCAUUUAAUAUAAAGCUAGCCGCUGGUUAGCAUAGCUUAGCCUAAAUACCGUAAACAAUUAGCCUGGCUCUGUCUCAAGGAAACAAACUUAAUAUCUCUCUAAUCAACAUGUUUUUGUUUGUUUAGAUUUCCCAAAAAGUUGAUUUGUUCCUGUAAUUAAUUAUAUAAGAGUGAUAUUCUACCUUAACUAAAUUAUGUGAAGUGAAAACAAGCGACUCUUUCCCUGAACCCAUGUGCACUGUAAGAGAUUCGAACACACCGGUCUCAGGACUGAAGGCGGGAAAAACAAAACCUGAUGAUUGUUACUUCAUCUGAUGAAUGUCUUAAUGGCAGCAAAUGAUAUGUUAAUGUUGACCUGAGGCUUUGGCUGAUUGUGACUUUAGAUGGUGUUUACAGGAAAUCGUUGUGAACGUUUCUUGACUGUGAAUUCAUUUUGUUUGCAUAGAUUUUUUUAAGGUUUGCUGUGAUCAGAUCACAUGAACUGUAUUUAAUUGGCAUUAAGAGAUAUAGGGCUGAUUGAUAUAUGAUAUGUUGAUAUGUGUGUUGUGUUUACAUUGCUCAUGUUUGCUGGCUAAAAAAAUAUAAAAAAAAUGUCUCCCAUUUCUCACUCAUUCCACUCUGGCUGUGAAAUCACUGGACUAACACUUUUGAUUUAUGACCAAUUUAAUGAGAAAG